AAUCGAUAAGCUUUAACCAUGCUUCUAUACCAUCCAAAUACUCAAGUUGAAGAAAAGGUUAAUAAUGUGGAAGAAUUCACAUACAUGAAAUUUUUGAAGAGCUUUUGCAAGAUAAUGGACUUUUGGCCCGAAAGAGAAGAGAAGAAUAGCAAAACGAGGAUUUUCAGGCUUCGGUACAUCCUGGUCUUGCAGUUCUGUUUCACUCUCGUCGCGGGCGUCCUUUACUUGAAGAACAAUUUCGGGAAAAAGACCUUCUAUGACCUCGGCCACACUAUCAUAACUGUUGUCAUGAACGUCGUCUCGGUUAGCAGAUUGAUACUGAGAUGCUUUAAAAAAUACGAUGUCGUCGGACAACAGUUCAUUAACAAAAUUCAUCUUUACCAUUUCAGAAACGAUUCCGAAUAUUCCAUGAAGACUUACAAAGUUGUGCACAAGAUAUCAAAUAAUAUGACCUACAUAUUCUCUUUUUCCAUUUUCGUCUGUGUGGUCACUUUUAACCUGAACCCGGUUUUCAACAAUAUCGGGUCGGGUGCAUACAAGAAUCCCCGACCAGACAACGUGACCUUGCAGCAAUGCGUGUAUUACGCACUCCCCUUUGACUACACGGGAGAUUUCAAAUGGUACAUGCUGGUGGCCAUCUUUAACGUACAGAAAACAUUUUUCUGCACCUCACUGUUUAUAUUAUUUGAUUUAUUACUGUCCAUGAUGAUAAUACACUUGUGGGGUCAUAUCCGGAUCUUUAUCCACAAUUUGAACCACAUACCGGCGCCUCGUAACUCCUUGGAGUACACAAGAGAAGAGAGACAAGAAGUGGAUAAUACGCUGAAGAAGUGCAUUCAACACCACACUUUAAUAAUAGGAUUUGUUCGCAUAAUGUCUGAGACGUACGGUCUGGCGGUCCUCAUCUAUUACGCUUUCCAGCAAGUGGUUGGAUGCUUGUUGCUGUUGCAAUGUUCACGACUGGAUUUGAAAACUAUCACGCGAUUUGGAUUUUUGACUACUAUGGUAAAUCAACAAUUAAUUCAAAUAUCGGUCAUAUUUGAGCUUCUAGGGUAUAUGAAUGAUAAGCUCCAAGAUGCAGUGUACUGCGUGCCGUGGGAGUACAUGGACACAAGUCACAGGAAGAUGGUGUACAUGAUGUUCAGACAGUCGCAGAUACCAUUGCAGUUGAAGGCUAUGAACAUGUUGAGCAUAGGCGUCAAAACUAUGGCCUCGAUAUUGAAGACGUCUGUAACGUACUACCUUAUGUUGAAAACCAUUACGGCCAACGAAGCUUAAGAACAACAGAAACAUAUAGUACACACACAUACACAUACACACAAUUUAUAUUUCAGAUUCAUAAAUUAAUUAUUCUAUUAAAAUAAUGAAUUAUCUC